AUGGGCUCCUCCGCGGCUGCAGCCCGAGCUCUGCGGCUCUCCGCGCGCUGCUGCCGGGCACCAGCGGCCCCACACCGGGUCUACGAUGUCCGGAGGAACCUGAACGUCCCGGCGGCCAGCGAGGCCGCGAAGCUGAAGAGCAUCGCCGACCUGCCGGGCCCGAGCGCCGCCACCACCCUGUACUGGCUGUUCCUCCGAGGGUACGCGGACAAGAGCCACCUGCUGCAGGAUGUGCAGCGGAAGCUCUACGGACCCAUCUGGCGCUCCCGGUUCGGUCCGUUCGACAUCGUGAACGUGGCGUCUCCGGAGCUCGUGGCCCAGGUGAUCCGGCAGGAGGGCCGCUACCCGAGCCGCGCCGAGCUGCCUCACUGGAAGGAGUACCGGGACCUGAGGGGCCAGGCCUACGGGCUGCAUGUGGCCUCGGGGCCCGAGUGGCUCCGGCUGCGCUGCGCCCUGAACCCCCGGCUGCUGAAGCUGCGGGAGGUGCUGGCCUUCGCGCCCGUCCUCCAGCAGGUGGUCGGGGAUCUGCUGCGGCGCGUGGAGCUGCUGCGGAGCCGCAGCCGGGACCACGCCACCGUCCCCGACGUGGCGGCCGAGCUCUACAAGUUUGGCUUUGAAGGUAUCUCCUCCAUCCUGUUCGAGAGCCGGCUCGGCUGCCUGCGGGACGCCAUCCCCCCCGACACGCUGCGCUUCAUCGGCGCCGUGGACCGGAUGCUCACGCUGUCCGAGACCGUGGUGCUCCUCCCCCGCUGGAGCCGCGGCGUCCUCCCCUUCUGGCGCCGCUUCGUCGCGGCCUGGGACGACCUCUAUGACGUAGCCCGGACCCUCAUCGACCGGAGGACCGCUGAGAUCCACGCCCAGGUGUCCAGCGGCGAGCCGGCGGAGGGGAUGUUCCUGACCUACCUGCUGGCCUCUGAUAGGCUGAGCAGAGCCGAGGUCUACAUCACCGUCACCGAGCUGCUGCUGGGGGGCGUCGACACGACCUCCAACACCCUGACCUGGGCCCUGUACCACCUGGCGCGGGACGGCCGGGCUCAGGAGCGCCUGCACCGGGAGGUGAGCGCCGUGUGCCCCGGCAGACGGGAGCCGACCCCGGAGGAGCUGAGCAGCAUGCCGUACCUGAAGGCCGUCGUCAAGGAGACGCUCCGUCUUUAUCCCGUGGUGCCCGGAAACGGACGCUUCAUCCCCGAUGACGAGGUGGUCGUGGGCGACUACUGGUUCCCGAAGCGGACCCAGUUCCACCUGUGUCACUACGCCACCUGUCACGACGAGCAGCAGUUCGUGGACGCCGAGCUCUUCGUCCCCGAGCGCUGGCUGCGAGGCGCCGCCGGCGCCUACCGCCACCACCCGUACAGCUUCAUCCCCUUCGGCAUGGGCGUGCGCGGCUGCGUGGGCAAGAGGGUGGCGGAGAUGGAGAUGUUCUUCGCUCUGUCCCGGCUCAUGCAGCACUACGAGGUCCAGCCCGAGGCCGGCGCUCCGGUCGUGGAGCCCAAGACUCGAACCCUGCUCGUCCCCUCGAGGCCCAUCAACCUGCGCUUCCUGCCUCGAGCCUGAGGGGGCGCCACCGAGGCCCGGCGGCUCGGAGGCGUCCGCCGUUACCGUUUAAAUUCAAACGCAGGUCCAACUGAAGGCGGUGCGUUCAGGGGCCGAGCGACACGGUACUCGAGGAGCACGAUGACCUCACGGGGGUCCACUUGACCUGAGAAGAACGAGGUCGACUUGCUGCAAUCCGAUUGGUGCAGAAGUGACAUGAAGGGAGUCUAACUCAGUGAACUAACUCACCAUAAUGACUAACAUGGAGCUCCUGAAGGGAGUUUGUAAUGAAUCUAUUUUAACACAUUCUGUGAAGCGUACUUCACCACACAAUGUUUGUUUUCAAGUUGUCGAAGGUGAGAGGAUGAGAGGAAACAAGGGAAGGAAAGGAGGAUUAUGAAACGAUGAAGUGAAGAAGUUCUUUUCUGUGUUUGAAUAACUCACAUUUGUCUUUGAUUGAACAGUUUAUAUUUAAGAGGAUGAGUGGUGGAGAUCUUCCUCUCUGCUGGAUUGAGUAUGUGUUGUUGUUGGUGUUUAUCGCUUCCUUUAAAUAAAGUUUUGGUCUGUU